AGGCAAAAAAGUAAGCGCUUGUGACUGAGCCGUCGGAGUUAGCGAGCUUUAACCUUAACACACAUCCACUGUGCACGCCAUGAUUUGAAGCUGCAAAAGGAAAAGGCUGGCGAUAGAAAGAGAGAGAGUGAGAGAGAGACUAAGCGAGAGGAGCUGAAGUGGGAGCUGCCUCAGAUUGUCCGAAGGGGCAGCAUUUCUCCAUCUAGUUCCGGUUGCUCUGUCUGCGUUGCAUGCCAUUUGGAACUGCAACAAUAGGUUACCACCAUUUAUAGAGGGGAAUAUUUUUCAAACAGACUGACUAUUUUUUUAAUGCUAGAUAAACAUGAGUUCCUAUUUUGUUAACCCUCUUUUUUCAAAAUACAAAGGCAGCGAAACCUUAGAGCCAACUUACUACGACUGCAGGUUUCCACAGAGCGUUGCCCGAAGCCACACGCUUGUGUACGGACAUGGAGCAGCUGCGCCGGGUUUCCAACACCCGUCGCAUCACGUACAGGACUUUUUCCACCAUGGAACCACAGGUAUCUCCAACCCUGGUUAUCAACAGAACCCCUGUGCACUGGCAUGUCACGGAGACGCUACGAAAUUUUAUGGAUAUGAAGCCAUUCCGAGGCAACCGCUUUAUGGUACCCAGCAAGAGGCGAGUUUAGCGCAAUACCCAGACUGUAAAUCGUCCAACAGCACUAACCCUGGAGAAGGACAAGGCCACUUAAGUCAGAACUCUUCCACGAGCCUCAUGUUCCCAUGGAUGCGGCCUCACGCUCCUGGGAGACGCAAUGGAAGGCAAACCUACAGCCGUUACCAGACUCUUGAGCUGGAGAAAGAGUUCCUCUUCAACCCAUACCUCACACGCAAGCGCCGUAUUGAAGUAUCCCACGCGCUGAGCCUAACUGAGCGGCAGGUGAAGAUCUGGUUUCAGAAUCGCCGAAUGAAGUGGAAAAAAGAAAAUAACAAAGACAAAUUUCCUGGCCAGAGAGGGGAGGCUGAGGCUGAGGCAGAGGGAGAGGCCGAUGAAGAGGGCAAUGAGGACGGCGAGGUGGAGGAAGGAGAAGAUAAGGAAACGGAAGAGAAAGAGGAAAGCAAGGACUGAUUUUAUGGUCUUUUUAUGGUUAUAUGGCAGAUAUUGAAGAGGUCUCGCGAAUGGGCAAUGAAAGAGAAGACGCGGCAAUUUUAUUACAACAGUUGGGUCAAAAAGUGAGAAAAUCCCCCUCCAUACACAAAAGUACCCUAAAACCUGCCCAAAGAUAAAAGCGCUUUUUCGAAACACACGAGGACUUUUACCAUUAACGAAAAGUGGAUUUGUGUAGUGGCAGACUAACAGGAACACGAAACCCCAUUUUUACUUAGAAACAUAAAAGCAGCAUGAUACGCAUAUUUUAGCGGCGUUUAACAUGUUUUCAUCCUUGAUAAAGAUGCCUGGGGAUGCAACAUAAUUAAAAUGCUGAAAUAAUUACACUAAAUUUGAAACUAUUGGUGUUGUAUAUAAAAGAGAAGCCACAACAUGCUGACAUGCGAAUCAAACUGACAAACAAAGGUUUUGGUGUAUUUUUAUUUCAGCAAUCCAGAUUUAUCCAGGCAAUAUUGCAUUAGUGCCACUGUACUGAGAAAGGCGAUGGCAAAUGUAGAAAAUACAUUCUGUAUUACACAUACUUUAUCGAUUACAUAAAUGUUCUUUAUUGUUACUCUAUGUGAGUGGGCGAAAUUACAGUUUGUAUUUUUCGAUUAUUUUAUUGGACUCAUCAGAGAUCGUUUGAAAAUCUCGAGAGAAGCUACCUAAUCAUGGGAAAUUUGCAAUAUACAUUUCUACCUAGAUAUUUCAUAGACUCUUAUUUUGUAGUGUAUUAAUCCUAAGUUAUGUAAUUUACCCUUUAAACACUUAUGAUUAUCGAGCUUUUUGAUGCCUUCGGAAGACACGAUUAGCUCAAAGCCAAUCUUAACAUUUUUAAGAGAUUGUACUACGGCACUACCUAAAACAAAGCUUUGCUAGCGAGAAUGAAUUACUAAUUUGUUCUAUAUGCUGCUUUGUUAAAAAUAGUUAGACAUUUCCCCCAACAACUUAAACUGCCUAUAGAAAAUGCACACUUAUGUGUAGAUGAUCAAACACGCUGAUUACUACCCUACCUUAUCUAAGGAAAGAGAGUCAUUUAUCGUGCUGGUGUUAUAGAGUAGAUUUUGAAUUGCACUGAGUAUAACCUUCAUGUACGUCUUGUAAUACCUUGCUGUUAUCAAUAUGCUCGUUUUACUGGUGUUCCUCGUGUGAAUAUAGACAAAAUCGUGUGUGUCUACGCCAUUGUUGUUGAAAUCAACAGAAGAAUAAACAAGAUGGCUCAUUCUUUUACGCCUCAUUUUUGCCUGAAUGCACUUGUUGACACCAACACUACCUAAUAGCAGAAGGUCCAACAACAUCCAAAAAUGCCAAUGAAACGUUUAGAUACGAGUCUGGGCAUAGUGAAAGUUUAGUUAUAAAUGAAAGUUUAGAUAUUGACAUGUAUGAUAUUGAAAAUGCAGGACUCAAUUUAUCUUAGUGUUGUCGUAAGUAUGAAAAUGUGUUGUGGUGUAAAAUGGCAAAAUACAACAAUAAAAUUCUUCAAUUUUUGAAAGUUUGUUUCCGUAACACUAGAAUAAAUGCAAGUUCUGUGUUCAGUUGUGACUAUUAGUUGUCUUUGUCUCUAGUCAUGGGUUUUCAUUAGAGGUUUCAUGGAUUGAGGCUCUGGUUUGAGGAUUCUUCCUUUCAGUUAGAUUUAAGGAUAUGUGCAAACCGAACGACGUAAAAAUGCCCAAAUUUUAACGUAAUUAUCUAAAGCAGCUCUAAAGUUCUAAAUUAUGCAAAUCAAUAAAUAUAAUUAUUGUAAUCUGUGGUCAAGUAUUUUUCGCCUUUUAACUUUAUGAGCCCAGAAUAUAUGUUUUGUUGAGAAAUUAGGGUAUUAAGAUUUAAUUAAGGUUUGAGAGAUUUGUGUCUUUUACAGGGUUAGUAAUACGUUACUUGAGGCAAUUAUGAGUUAAACUGUCAAAAAAAUAUUUUCAGUCUUUGCACAAGUACUAUUUUAUUUCCAAAUUACAUGUUGUGGUGGUGGAAAUUACAUAACACGUGUACAUAAUGUGCUGAAUACUAGGAGUACCUAUUUCUUACGAUAGGUGCUUUGUUUACAAAAUAAAUGUGUGCGUUUUUCUAAAGGACAUCAUAAAAACAAAUAAAAAAUACAAAACUAGGAAACAAACAUACAAGAGGACAGGUCACAGUUCUGUACUUAGUGCGUAGCCCUGUUGGGAGACAAUAACAAGAUCUCAAUUGUCUACACCUGUGCUGGUUGUCUAUUGAAUAAGUGAACGUUUGGUGGAACUAAAACUUGGAGAUGUUUAACGUUUACCUAUAUAGCUUUUAUAUUUUUUAUUUUUAUCAUGACGAUAUUGCUUUGUCUAACAAAUCCAAUUGCUAUUAACCUCCCGUUCAAUGGCCGCAGAAUGGCGUAUUUACGCCCCAUUUCUGUGCAAAAAAAGCAAAAUUGGAAGACGUAUUUAAUGCAAUCCUUGAUAUGAAUUGGACCUCUUCAGAGUACAAAUUCAACAUUUUCAAUGUCAAUGUCUUCCUUAUUCAAAGACGAAAGGAUCCAUGCACAACAUUUAUAUUCAUUCAUGGAUACUUUAGAAAUUGGUGAAAUCUAGUUAAAAGAAAAAUUAUUAUGAUUAUGCUUUGACAUAUAAUAAAUUAAACAUUUCUAUAGUCCUGAAAUUGUUGGCGUGGCCAACACUAUGUGCGAGUGCUUAAAAAUGUUGAUUCCUUGAGAACUUGUUAUAACAGGCCAUAACAAUGGCCUAGUGCAUCAUAAAGCAGCUGUAAUUAGAACGAGUUGAUGACAUAAACGUUAAAGGCUGACAUAAAUAGAAUAUGAAUAUGCUUUUACAGAUUUAGGGGGACCUGUACAACACAAUUAAAUUUCAGCACCAGUUGAAUUACUGUGAAUAAAUGGCAAGUAGUUUCCUACGUGCCAAAAUAAAAGUAAACCUUAAAGUACUGAUAGCCAAGGCACAUAUAUUUGAAAUGGCAGAAAGCUCGAUUCCUUUUAAUUGGAACGAAUAUUAUUUGUGUAAAAUGGUGCAUAAAGCAUUGUUACAUAUAGGCCUUUAUCACGCAACUCUUUCACACAAUAUAGCUUUGAGUCAUUUUAAUUAUUUAGUCAGAUUUAAUUAUUUAAAUAUUAAACAUUUUAAAACAUUAACUUGUGUGUGCUUUAUACAGUGUUGUCGUUCUGGCAAUAAUAGUUAAGGUAAUUAUUCAUUUUGUUGUCCUUUUGUUUUGUCGUUGUGCCUGAAGCCCUGCACGCAAAGGCAGUUUCAGGAAGUUCCUUGUGGUAGUGACAAUUGCAGUGGUCAUUGUCCAUCCGCCUUGCCGUUGUAUAACACUGCUGUUACAAUCCAAAUUGGGGCUUUACUAUACCUGCAGUAAACUUUAUUGGUGGUGUAAACCCGACAGUGUCGCAUCCGGGCAGACGUUUUUGCCUUUUGAUUUCUGUGCAGUGCAGACAGGACAGGACACUCGGAAACCAACGUGGACGUGGAUCUGUUUCUUUAAGUCGGAUGAGGAAAUGAUGAAUGUACGGAAAGACGGGUCGCGUGGUUGAACCG